UUUGGACACUACGGAGCCAUAGAAAGGCUUCGACCUGGGAAGAGUCAUGUCUGACUCCCUGGUGGUCUGCGAGGUGGACCCAGAGCUAAAGGAAAAGCUGAGGAAAUUCCGCUUUCGAAAAGAGACAGACAACGCAGCCAUAAUAAUGAAGGUGGACAAAGACCGGCAGAUGGUUGUGCUGGAGGAAGAAUUUCAGAACAUUUCUCCAGAGGAACUAAAAAUGGAGCUGCCCGAGAGACAGCCAAGGUUCGUGGUUUACAGCUACAAGUAUGUGCACGCAGAUGGCCGAGUGUCCUACCCCUUGUGUUUCAUCUUCUCCAGUCCUGUGGGCUGCAAGCCCGAACAACAGAUGAUGUAUGCAGGGAGUAAAAACAGACUGGUACAGACGGCAGAGCUCACAAAGGUGUUUGAAAUCCGCACCACUGAUGACCUCACCGAGGCCUGGCUCCAAGAGAAGCUGUCUUUCUUUCGUUGACCUCUGGGUUGGGGAUCUGAAUUUCUGAUGUCUGGGAACUCAGACCCCUGGGAUCUGAACAUCGGAGACCCUGAAGAAAUUAAAACGCAAGAACUCGGAGA